CCAGCCAUGGUGGCCCUAUACCUUUGUGGUCCUCCGUUGCUGCCCCAAGAUCAAGACCCCGUGGUCCCUUUCCCCGACACCUUCGCGGUGGUCGAAGUUCUCUCUUCCUCUGUCCCUUCCCCCGUCCCAGUUCCGCUGGAUGCUACGAAGUGGGACUUGGAUACGAAGUUCUCGCCCAGUCCUCUAGCGCCCCCUGCUGGAACGCGGCCGGCCCAUCUCGCGCGAACGAGCCGACCGAAUCCAGAUCGCUGACCGUCUGGCAGUCGGUUCUCAUAACCCUCUUAGGCCCACUGUCCUGGGGGUCAGGGCUGUCUUCAGACACCCCUCCCAGCCCUUAGCUCGUUCCCUUGACGGAUGGAGACAUUGGGGGCUGCAGCACGGGGACUCUAGUGAGGACAGCGUGGGGACUGUCCCCAGACCCGGCCUCACGUGGCGGGACGCUGGAGUGGGCACUUUUGGACAGAGGCAGGGCCCUGUGCGCUUGGGAGCAGGUCACUGCGGCGCGCUCGGGAGCAGGGUGUUUAGGACCCAGGGGCAGCCCGGGGCGGCCCUCUGGGCAGCGGGAGAUCCUCCCCCACCUUCCCUGCCGGGUGAGUGGCUCAGAUGUCCGAGUAGCAGUAGCGGGUGGCUCUGGCGCUCCGCAUUUCUGUCUGCGGAGGCGGGGGCUGGCGGCCCUGGCCCCUGCCCGGCCCCCUCCCCUAACCCCAUGCCUCAACUCUAACCCUACUGCCCUCCCCCGCGGGGGGCAUUUCCCCGGUGUCCCCGGAGGUCCGUCCCGUCCCGUCCAAGUCAGGAGCCAUGAAUGACCAGUACCACCGGGCGGCUCGGGAUGGCUACCUGGAACUCCUCAAGGAGGCCACCAGGAAGGAGCUGAACGCCCCCGACGAGGAUGGCAUGACCCCCACCCUCUGGGCUGCAUACCACGGCAAUCUGGAGUCCCUGCGGCUCAUCGUGAGCCGAGGGGGUGACCCGGACAAGUGUGACAUCUGGGGCAAUACGCCCCUGCACCUGGCAGCCUCCAAUGGCCACCUGCACUGCCUCUCCUUCCUGGUGUCCUUCGGGGCCAACAUCUGGUGCCUGGACAACGACUACCACACGCCGCUGGACAUGGGCGCCAUGAAGGGCCACAUGGAGUGCGUGCGCUACCUGGACUCCAUCGCCGCCAAGCAGAGCAGCCUCAACCCCAAGCUGGUGGGCAAGCUGAAGGACAAGGCCUUCCGCGAGGCGGAGCGGCGCAUCCGCGAGUGCGCCAAGAUGCAGCGCAAGCACCACGAGCGCAUGGAGCGGCGCUACCGGCGCGAGCUGGCCGAGCGCUCGGACACGCUCAGCUUCUCCAGCCUCACGUCCAGCACCCUGAGCCGCCGGCUGCAGCACCUGGCGCUGGGCAGCCACGUGCCCUACUCGCAGGCCACGCUGCACGGCACCGCCAAGGGCAAGACCAAGAUCCAGCGGAAGCUGGAGCGGCGCAAGCAGGGCGGCGAGGGCACCUUCAAGAUCUCCGAGGACGGCCGCAAGAGCGUGCGCUCGCUCUCGGGCCUGCAGCUGGGCAGCGACGUGAUGUUCGUGCGCCCGGGCACCUACGCCAACCCCAAGGAGUGGGGCCGCGCCCCGCUCCGGGACAUGUUCCUCUCUGAUGAGGACAGCGUCUCCCGUGCCACACUGGCGGCCGAGCCUGCGCACUCGGAGGUCAGCACCGACUCAGGCCACGACUCCCUGUUUACCCGCCCGGGCCUGGGCACCAUGGUGUUCCGCAGGAACUACCUGAGCAGCGGGCUGCAUGGGCUGGGCCGCGAGGACGCGGCGCUGGACGGCGGGGGCACGCCGCGGGCUCGGCUGCAGAGCUCCCCCAGCCUGGACGACGACAGCCUGGGCAGUGCCAACAGCCUGCAGGAUCGCAGCUGUGGGGAGGAGCUGCCCUGGGACGAGCUGGACUUGGGCCUGGAUGAGGACCUGGAGCCCGAGACGAGCCCGCUGGAGACCUUCCUGGCCUCCCUGCGCAUGGAGGACUUCACCCCCCUCCUGCGGCAGGAGAAGAUCGACCUCGAGGCGCUCAUGCUGUGCUCCGACCUCGACCUCCGCAGCAUCAGCGUCCCCCUGGGGCCCCGCAAGAAGAUCAUGGGGGCCGUGCGGAGGCGGAGGCAGACGCUGGAGCGCCCGCCGGCCCUGGAGGACACGGAGUUGUGA